AUGGCCUCAGUCUCUCUCAGUCUGUUGAUGGCCUCCUGGGGUUAUGGACCAGACCGGGACCGAUGCUUAGAUCUAAAAACGGAUCCAGAACUAGGCCUGGAGCUGGAUGAGCUUGAUGAGCUAACUUUAAACAUCUUUGAAAUUUUACUCAUUUUGAAGUUUUCCUCUGGUCUCAGACAUCGGCAUCAGGAUGACCAUAAGUGUGAGAAACUGGAGACACCAAAGCCUCGCAUGGCUGCAACACAGGAGCUGGUGCAGAAGAUAGUGGAGUCAAAGAAGAAUGCACCACCAAGUAAAGGCAGAAAAGGAGCAAAAAACGCUGCAACUGCUGCAAAAGUUGCUCUGAUGAAGUUUAAAAUGCAUGCAUCUGGAGAUAAAGGCCUGCCACAGACAGAACGGACAUAUUUCCAGGUGUUUCUGCCCAAAGAGGCUAAAGACCCUAGUUUGCCCAUGUUCUUCUGCUCUAAGUGGAGUGUUGGCAAAGUAGUGGAUUUUGCUGCAUCUCAGGCCAGUCUGAAGAAUAACAACAAUGUGCUCACAGCUAAGAAACUGCGUUUGUGUCACCCUGAGACGGGUGAAGCAUUUAAGAUGGACGCUAGCCUCCAGUCACUACUCUCCCAUACAGACUGUCCCCUGCACAACGGAGACAAUGUCAUUCUGGAGUAUCUGGAUAACAAGAGCUCUGGACUGGAUGAUGUCACAGACUAUAUAUCUUCCUCCUGAAUCCAAAUCCCACAACCAUUCAGAAGAGUUUUAUAGUAAAAUAGUUUGAGGAAAGUAGGAAACAAAGUGUCGGAUUGGACUGUCUAUUGUAAAUAUAUUCCAAUUUACUUAUCUUUAA